AUGAAUAACUUCUCGAACAACAUGAAUAACACACACAGUCUAGGAAUGAAUUACCUGACCGCAAACCACCCCCUCGACCACAACCUCUACACCACCUUCACCUACUGCAUGGUCUUCUCCAACCUCCCCGACCAGCCCUGGCCAUCAUACAAUCUUCUCCAGCAAUGCCUCGACAAGGUCCGCGCGCGCGACGCAAAAGUCUACUCCUCCGUCGACGCGAUCCAGCGCUACGACGGCGCCAAGACGGGGGAUCUAAUCCUCACGUUUACGGCUGCGGCGGCGACGGAUGGGGUCAUCUGGACGAGUGCCGAGGGGGUCAUUCUUCAUCAGAUGAGGUACUGGGAUCGGGAUCGGAGGAUGGCCGGGUGGACGCUUGUUGGAGAGCAUGGGCUUGCGCAGAUACAGGAUAACUUCCUGCAAUCCGAGUAUAAGGAAUUGAUUUCUCCUCAGUCUGUCUCGUAA